AUGGCACAGACAACUUACUCAACUGACUCAGGCCCGUUCGGUAUGACAGUAGUUGAUGUUAAUAAUGAUAGUAAACCCGAUAUUAUUGUCACAAACCUUAAAAGUAACACUAUCAGUGUUUUCCUAAACAUCGGCAACGGUAGGUUUACUGCACAAACAACUUACUCAGUUGGCACAUCGCCAAACAGUGUAAAAGUAGUCGAUGUCAAUAACGACAGUAAACCUGAUAUUAUUGUCUCAAACGUUUUUGAUAACAACGUCGGUGUUCUCCUCAACAUCGGCAACGGUACAUUUACUGCACAGACAACUUACUCUACUGGCGCAGGUCCAUACAAUGUGGUAAUAAAUGAUGUCAAUAAUGACGGCAAACCAGACAUUAUUGUUCCGAACUCUGGUAGUAACAAUGUCGGUGUUCUCCUCAACAUCGGCAACGGUACAUUUACUUCACAAACAACUUACUCUACUGGCAUCCAUCCAUACAGUGUAGAAGUGAUUGAUGUCAAUAAAGACGGCUAA